AGCCAUCCAACCCAUGGCAAAGGGCCGGUCCAAGCGCGAAGUCGUGGAGGCGCUGCCGCCCCACGACUACUUGGCCAAGUCCAAACUCUUCAGCUUCGACCUCACCGGGGAGCUGCAGAAGGUCCAUGCAGCUGAGGCGAGGCGGCACCUGGCCUGCCUCACCACGCCCCCCGUGGGCCUCGUAGAGCGGAAAUGCCCCUAUGGGGCGCCGCUGAAGAGGAAAGUGCGGAAGGUGGCAGUGAGUCAGUCGCAGCCUGUCCUUCUGCCUCUGCCUGAGGCAGAGCAGCCGAAAAGGGUACCUGGCCUGGUGCUGAUGGAGAUUCCCAAGGACCCCACCAGCCUUCCCAGCGAGCACGCGGAACGGAUCAGCCACCUGGAGAGCAAAAUCGCAGAGAAGGACCUGCAGGAGCUUCAGCUCCAGGACCGGCGCCCGGAGCGCCUCGCGAAGCUGGCGAAGCUCGCGCGCAGCGCCUCGGGCGUCGACUUCGGCUUCGACCGGCUGCCGGAGGGCCUGGCCUCGGAGGCCAAGACGCAGUACUUUGCCCGCAGCCCGGAGAUCGUCCGCGACAUUGGCUGUGGCAAGGACAGCCGCUUCUGCCGGCCCUGGGGCCCAUACGAGCAGCACCGAGAGGCCUACUGGAGGCAAACGCAAGCGCUGCAAGCGCUUCAGGUCGGGCGCGGCCAGUGCUGCGCUUCUCCCGGUGCUGGGGCUCGGGGUGCUUGCGAAUCGCUUGGAAAGCGCCCAUGACAUCCGGUCGGACCAUGCUACAGACGAACUGAUGCCUUUGAAAUCUUGGGAUUGAGCAGUGUAGACCAAUAAUUUCCCGAGGAUGUGGCAGAGCACUUAGAUUGAUCACCUGAGCAGAUCACUACGACUCUAGGAAAGCAGGAGCGGGUGUGCAGGAGGUUAUGCAACUAUCAACCGUUUCCUGCUGAACCAUUCCAUUCUGAUGCUGCUCCGCAAAGCCGCGAAACGUCGCUCAGCGCCAGAUCUGGUUGGGCUGCCAAAAGAAGCGCCCUGUAUCUCAGAGAAAGCCAUGCGCCGUUGCGCCCAUCCAAUGAG